CGGUCAAAUUUUGGUUCAAAACCAUGCUGUCGUGUGCAUCAUCCUUCCUGGGGUUAGUAUUUCAAUUCCCUUUCAGAAGUAUCAUCCAUGCACAGGAACAAAUCCAGUUUCAUUUCCUACUACUUUUCACUUCUUCAUUCAUCCCCAAAUUCUACGCAUCUCCGCCACCUCCAUGCUCGCUUACUUCGAACUUCUCUUUACAACAAUGUCAUCUUAACUUCCAAGCUGGUUUUGAUGUACUCUAAACAUCACAAACUCUACUCUUACUCUCUCCCCCUCUUCUUUCACAUGCCCCACAGGAACAUCUUCUCUUGGAAUAUAAUUCUUCGCGAGUUUUCUCGCUCUAAUUAUCCCCACAAAUCCCUGCAAUUGUUUCACCAUAUGUGGGAACAAUCAAAUGUUCGACCCGAUGACUUCACUCUCCCUCUCGUUCUAAGAGCAUGUGCAAGUUUAGGAGACCUAAAAUUAGGCCUUUCGGUUCAUGGGUUGUGUCUCAAAUUGGGGUUUAGAAGGAGUUUGUUUGUUGCUUCUGCUUUGGUAUUCUUAUACGUUUCUUUUGGGAAGAUCUUUUAUGCGAGAGAAGUGUUUGACGAAAUGCAUGAUAAAGAUAUAGUUCUUUGGACUGCCAUUUUGGCUGGAUAUGCUCAACACGGGGAACCCAUUUUGGCUUUACAAGUUUUCCAGGAGAUGGUUCGUUCAGGAGUUGAGCUAGAUGACGUGGUCAUGGUGAGCUUGCUGCUGGCGUGUACUCAAUUGGGAUGGUUGAAGCACGGGAAAAGUGUUCAUUCUUGGUGUUUGAGGAGGUACUCUUUAGGAUUGGGAUUAAACUUAGGCAAUGCUGUGAUUGAUAUGUAUGUAAAAUGUUCGAAAUUAAGUUAUGGGAAUAUAGUUUUUGAUAAUAUGAAUGAAAAAGAUGUGAUUUCUUGGAGCUCUUUGAUUUUGGGAUAUGGAUUGAGUGGAAGUGUAAAUAUUGCUUUGGAGCUUUUUGAUCGGAUGUGCGAGGAAGGGGUUAAACCCAAUGAUGUUACAUUUCUUGGCGUUUUGUCAGCUUGUGCUCAUGGUGGAUUGUUGGAGAAAGCGCGUUUGUACUUUAAAAUGAUGGAAGAUUCAGAUGUGAAGGCUGAAUUGAAACAUUACGCCAGUUUGGUUGAUUGCUUGGCAAGAGCAGGGCUUUUGAAGGAGGCUGAGAAGUUUAUUGAAGAAAUGCCAGUGGAACCAGAUGCAGCUUUGCUUGGUGCUAUUCUAGCUGGGUGCCGACUUCACAAUGAUAUUGAGGUUGGUGAACGCAUUGCCAAGAAAUUAAUAAGGUUGCAACCAGAAAAAGCUGGAUAUUACGUGCUUUUGUCAAACAUAUAUGCAGCCACGGGGAGAUUUGACAAGGCUGAGAAGGUGAGGAUCUUCAUGAAAGAAAUAAAUGUCUCUAAGGUACCUGGUUGUAGUUUGAUUGAAUCAAAGAGUAGUUUUGUUUUUCCCACAAGAUAGUGAAGCUCAAGAUAGCUAUCCUGAAAAUGUGAUGAAGACGAAUGAGAAAAAAAAUUAUUUUUAUCUUGUUGGGAAAUAGAGGUACAGAGCAAAUUUGCGUAGAAAUCAUUUAAAAAUUUGCGUUGGAGAUCUCCAUUUGCUUUGGUGGAAAGGAACAAUUACAGAUUCAGUUUGCAUUUUUACAAUGCCAGUAACUUGAAAGUGCUCCAUUUUCUGUUUCGGGUAAAAGAAAAACUAUGGAGGCAAAUGCAGCAGAACUCUUAGAUGAGAAGAGUGGCUCUUGAAUUGUUCUCUUGAUGGAGAGGUGAAGUUGAUGGGGACAUUUUAAUUUUCGCCUUGGGGGAAACUAGACUGCGGAGGACAAAUUGCUACAAAACAUCUGAAUCUGAUCUUGAAUGUCUCCAUUUGCUUUGGUGGAAAGGAACGACAGGGUUAAUUUGGUUUUUGAAUGAUGAUGAAAGUAAUAUUUAAG